GAGCAGUCGAGCUUGAAAAUGACCUGCCUUUGGAGAAGAAACCAAGACUCACUUAACAUUUCCAAAAUGGAUCUAUCUGCACUUAACAAAAUUGCUGAGCGCGAGUUCUUGCCCAAGAAGAAAGCCACGGACUUAGAAAAAGAUCAUGCAUACAUGGUGACUGCGCUCAAGGAAGUAAAGACGAGAUUCGGUACGAAGAUCGUGGCCGAGAUCGAUGACAGCUUUCAAAUAUUUCUUCCAGAAAAGAUCUCAUCAGCAAUCUUGAAAGAUCAAGAACUUUUCAAUAAUCUCUCUAACACAGCAAAUAAACUUAGUUUAUUUAUAACAUAUCAGGGUGGAACUUCUUUUAAGUUAACCACAUGCUAAAAUAAUGAAAUACAAAGACUGAUAAUUGUUAAAUACUAUUUAUUUAUUUGUUCAAACUUGUGUGCAAUUGACAUGAAUAAAUACAUUAUUAAAUAU